AUGGACUCUGCGCUGGAUAGUAUCACUGGGAGCAUUGGGAAGAAGGCUGUGGAUGUUGGGGCCGAGGAAUUGGGUGAUGGCGGUUUCAAUUUGCAGCAGCAGGGGCAAGUGCAACAGGAAGAGCAGCAGCAGCGUGCUGUGGAUAUGAGCUCCUUGGAGCACAGGGUGCUGGAUCCAGACAGGUUUUUGUAUGUGGAGCUGGUGCGGUCACAUCUGGGGGAGGCAGCUGCCUCCGUUUUGGGGCUUCUGGUUUCCUUGGGGAGGCUCUCCGUUGCGGAGAUCGUGCAGAGGGGCGAAGAGAUGGACGCGGCGAAGGUGAAGAGAACACUUGUUGCUCUGGUCCAGCUGCGGUGUGUGAAGUACCUCGAGGAAGUGACGUACACGGGGAAGAAAACGAUGUACUACUACCACAACACAGACGGGAUUCAUAUCCUUCUGUACUCAGGUAUGAUCCUCGAGGAGAUCGAUAAACGGUUCCCGGCAAAAAAGGGGGCCGACGGUGACGGGAUACAAGUGGCAGCGGUCACUGUUGUCUCUAAUAUCCUUGCCCUGGGCUCUAUCACGCUGCGAGACUACUUGGCCUCGCUCCCAGAGGAACAAGCUCACGAGUGGCAGCACGAUAUAUCAGCCACGUUCGUCUCACUCUGUGAGUCAGGGUACAUCACACCAAUCAACAAAUUACACUACACCCCAAUAAACGAUCUUUGGACCUUGCUUUACGACAAGGAGUACAAACUGCUCCCAAGAAACGCAACGACAUCAGACUUGAAGAAGAGAGCGGAGGCCAAAGUAAAGGCUAAGGAACAGUUCUUCACAUUGUUGGACAACGCGAACGACCUAUCUAAUCUAAUCGUCACGGACCCAAGGACCUCGCUCAGAACAGUCUCCGAUAGUAUACCGCUGACUUUCAAUUUGGAAAGAUUUUACAAGGCAAGAAGGUCGAACCAACUCGCUCAAUUUGCAAAGUCUCGAGUGGGGAAUGUUUCCGCGGUUGUGUACAAAGUAGCCUUGAAGCACACAGAACAGAAGUCAGUAGCGGUUGUGUCGCCAAUCAAAUAUACUGGGCUUUUGCAAGAUUUGGAGGAGAGCAGAGCGCUGCAAGAGGAAUUGGAGCUCGCAGAGGAGAAAACUCCAGGUGUCACAUUUACAGCAACUGAUAUAGUCCGCCAUCUACCAGCGUCCCUCGAACUACGCGGAUCCUUGACCGCAAAAUCGAAAAAGGAGAGAAAGCGAGAGCAGGAUGAGACGACAGAGGAACAGCCUACGAAAAAGAAGUUGAAGACAGAGGAUGGGUUUGUGAUCCCAGACCUACCAGCUCACGUUUUGCAGCAACCGGAGGAACACGAGGAUAAUGACACUAACAAUGACCAUUUGAUGGAUUUCGACGACAGUGGCACGGACCCGCACUCGAUAACAUUGGUCAACAGUCACUUGAAACUUCUGGCAACAUGCCCAAUCCCAUUCUUGUACGAGACCAAGCCAGGUGUGUUUUAUGUCCCGUACAGCAAAGUGGUCCCCAUGAUGAGAUCGUCCGUUUACGAUUACCUCGUUGCAUCAACACUGGGGGCAUCCGCACUUCGUAUCCGCCGCUGCAUCAAGGCAAAUAAACUGGCCUCGGAGAAGGUCAUAAAUUCCACCGCAUUGAUGCGAGAGAAAGACAUUAGGUCCACCACGGCGGCGUUGGUCAAAUACAACGUUAGCGAAAUUCAGGAGGUGCCAAGAACUGUGGACAGAGCUGCCGCUAGAGCCGUGUUCCUCUUCAGAACAAAGGAGGAUCAUUCGUACCGGUUCAUGAGGGAAAACAUGGAAUGGAACAUUGCUAACCUGCUGAGCAAAAUGGAGAGGCUGAAGGAGGAGAAUGCUACGCUUUUGACAAAGGCCAACAGAGAGGACGUGAGAGGUAAAGAGGCGGAACUACUACUCCCAAGUGAACUAAACCAACUGAAAAUGGUAAAGAAGAGGGAUAUGACUGUAUACACGCGGAUAUCCAGACUGGUUGCACUCUGGGAAGUCUUCAAUUUUAUGUAA